GAGGCUGUGCCUCGCCUGCAGCGCAGGACGGUGAAGGAGCACAGAGGCGGGUCGGAGCCUCAACUAUGAGACUUUACUCGGGUUAACGGUCAAGCAGCGCACGUUUCAGGUCACGGUUUGCCGCAUGGAGGGCAGUGUUUGAGACCGUGAAUCCGCCUGGAUGGUGAAGAUUAACGGCGGCGGUGUGAAGGGAACAUUCCAGCGGAGCGAAUCGCACCGUCUGCUUCCGACUUCUGCCCAGGCACAUGCAUGCCUGUGCACAGAGCCGCCCCCAACUGUUCUGGCCAAUCACUGAAACUUGGGUGAAGCUCUGGAGGUGUCGGACAGUUUAACCCAUGUGCUGUGCUGUAAUGAACAGUGUAUACAUAUUACUGUGUUCACGUGUUGUGUGACCUGCAGCAGUGCUCUGGUGCUGAAACAGAGAUGGCUUCAGUGGAAGUGACAGUAGUACAGAAACUGUGGCUAAAGGCCUGAGACCGGGAGAGGGGCACCACUCUGCACUGGAGGGAGGAGCCUAAUGCCUCAGAAAUGUGAAACUAUCAGCUACUAUAGCCCUACCCCUUACAGGGAACCAGGGAAACGUGCCUCCAAUCCACAAACAGUCUGGAGGUUUACCACCAUGCACCUCAAGUCAUAUCCCAAACCACAGAAUAAAGAGCUUCACCAGGAGGUAGGGCAAAAUGGCAUACAUCACAUGGAUCAGCGGGGAGUACUCAGAACUGAGUGGGGUGUUCGCCAAGCAUCAGGUGUCACUGGCUUGCCUGGCAACGGUACAGCCAACCGGUGUCCCCUCAGUGUCAUCUCUACCAACACCCUCCGUUGUUCCACCAACAAUGGUAGCACUCCACCUCAUAGAACAAGUGGGGAUUUCUCCAGUUCCUGGACCCACAAGAGCAAAGCACCCUCCUCUGUCACUAAAUUCACAAGUUCCUUAGUUUUGCUCUCAACCUCAACUGGCUUGGAGAAUGACUGCUCUCUAAGAAUAUAUCAAGGAGAGGAGGGAGAAGGAGCUCUAGACAUAUGGGCUGUCAUUAAACCUGGGAACACCAAGGAGAAGAUCGCAAUCUUUACUGCUGAGAAGUGUAGCCAUGUUGGUGCAGGUGGCACUGACAGAGCACCAGACAGAGAGGGGAAUAGCCCAGAUAUAAGGAUUGUAUCGAUGAAAAACAAAGGUUGCUGGGAUGGUGACUGGUCUGUGGCAAAGCGCAGGAAAAGGUCUGGCAACCCAGACAGACAGAGAAACAUGGAAUCUCCAGCACAAAAACCUGAGAUACGCACAGCAACCGUGAUGCCAAAGGAAAAUACAGAUCCUUGCAGUGGUGUAGCUGAGGAACUUGGGAGAACUGAUGGAGAAGAGGAGGGAAAGACUCUUUCUGUUGGUGAAAUGGUGGCAUACUUGGAGCAGAGAGCUAAUGAUCAGCAGGUGGAUUUAAAACCUCAGUCAUUACGAAGCUCCAGCACAAUUACGCUGUCAAAAAUGGGAUUGUUGGUUCAUCCAGCAGAGCAGGUAUCCAAAGACCCACAGCUGCCAGAAAGUCAUGAAGAGGAGGAAUCUGUGCGGGUGUUGGAUAUGGUUGCCAAGUUAGAAUCUCAAUGCCUAAGCAGACAGAGCUUUAGAGAUGGAGGAAGCCUCUCACGCAACAAUAGCCUUCGGAGAAGAGUUGGCCGUGUUUUGCUGGCAGGGUCCGAACCGUACUCUGUGCCCUUGCCACCAGUAUUGCCGAGUCUGCCUCAACAUGAGCGGGUGGAGAGUGCUACAGAGGGACCAGUUAGUGAUGACCAAUCGUGUGGCCCUUCUGAAGCUUCUUUGUCUGUGUUGACUGCAAGCUCUACAUGUUUAGUCAACUGUACCAGAGAUCAGCAAGAAGGUAAGAAUGUGGUUGAACAAGAGAAGGUGAAGAACCUGCAGUCUUUAAGCUGUCAGACCAAUGACUGCAGCGAGGAGCCUCCUCCAGGCAUGCUGUUUUUUUCCCAGGCUCCCCCUAAGGCACUUGAGGAGCAGAAACUGCGGACUGUUUCUGAGAAUAGCCCUAUAACUCAAAACAUAGAACGUUCCUUUAAUGGCCGGGAGAGUGAACGUGCUGAAGCACUGUCACUCAAACAAGCACUGGGCCCUUUUUCAGCUAAGGUGGUGCUUAGUGAGGAGGACACAAAUGGACUUGAAACUGAUUGCAAUGUGGAGGAAAUGGAGGAAGGAGACGUCAGUGUAAUUAGUCGGGAUCCUGUGCCUUUGCCCUUGCGUCGCUUGGUAUCUCACGAGUUCUUGGAGACCCGCUUCAAAAUCCAGCUGCUUCUGGAGCCUCAGCAGUACAUGGCCUUCUUGCCACAUCACAUCAUUGUCAAGAUUUUUAGCUUGCUGCCUACGAAAAGUCUAGCUGCCCUAAAAUGCACCUGUCACUACUUCAAGUUUAUCAUUGAGAGUUACGGAGUGCGACCAGCUGACUCCCGUUGGGUGAGUGACCCAUGCUAUAAAGACGAUCCCUGCAAACGAUGCAAGAAGCGCUACGGCCGCGGUGACGUGUCACUCUGCCGAUGGCACCAUAAACCCUACUGCCAGGCGCUCCCCUAUGGGCCAGGCUACUGGAUGUGCUGCAGGGAGUCUCACAAAGAUACACCUGGUUGCAAUGUGGGACUUCAUGACAACCGCUGGGUCCCUGCCUUUCACAGUAUCAAUAUGCCAAUUUAUAAGAAAAGCAGGGACACCGAGGAAGAUGCGUAGUGUGCCAGAGGAGGGAUGGUGUGUAAGCUGUGUGGUUUCAAUGAGUGCUGUGUCUCUGUGUGAAUGUAACUUGAGUGUGGAUGACCAGUGUUUGUUUAUUGUGCCUCUGCGCUGCCAUAUGAGCAUAUUUGAGCUAUAUGAGCUUUUUUUUCCCUUUCCUUUAUUCCUUUAUAUAUUAUUAAUUAAACUGCUUUUAACCAGAUUGCUAAAACUUACCAGAUGGGUUGGUGUAUCUUUUCACCCAGUCCUCUUCUGCAAAGCCACCACCAACUCAUCUCUCUACCCUCCUCAGGUCCUUAAAGUUGGUCUGCACUUUAACCUUUAAUGAUGGAGUUCUCUUGAAUUCUGUCAGGGUACUGCUUUCACUGAUUUUACCCUCAACAGGCAUUAACCUGCUUUUCACUAACUUAUUUCCAAAAAAAAUGGAGAAAAAGGAAUUUCAAUUGAAUUCACUGUUUUCAAAAUAUUAAAUAUGUAAAAGCCUAAUUAUUCCAGAGUACAUUUCUAUAUGGAAGCUUCACUAUGCUUUUUACAAUAGAGAUGUUGACUUUAAGCUUCUUAUAUAUGUUUUUAAAUGUGUCCAUCUCCUAAUCCUAAUAUCUCCUGGGAUCAUGAUGGGGUAGUUGGUCUCUGGCUUGUCUAAAAGUUGUACUGAGCCCAGUUGUUUACAUUGUACAUAGCACAGAAUCAUGCUUCAUAAUAGGGUGACAAUAGAUGGCAUAAGUGUAUCUUGAAAUGCUCUUUCAGGUGCAACACCCAUUUCAUGUUUGUGUGUUUUUUACCCACUAUGCUUGCUCUUAUUCAACAGUGAUUCCUUAUCUUAAACCACUGUAAACUUUAAGUGUUGGCAUCUCCCUGGUAUGAUGCAGUGUUUUUCAUGAGGAGACCUCUGAAUGUGGGGAGAAAGAUCAACAGCAUUAUCUGCAUUACAGCUAACUGAAUGGCCUCAGAAAAGAGAGAGAAUUCAUUGUAAUGGAAAGAAAAUAGUCUUGUUUCAGAAUUUUAAAGAGCAUUAUUGUAAUACUCUUGCUGUUUUCUGCCUUAAGGCAUUUUACUUCAAUAAAGUGUAUUCUGGGAGGAUCUAUAACUUGGAGUGGACAUUUGGUUAACUGUAACUUAAAAGUUCUAAAAAUAAAAAAACUGUCAUUUGU